CAACUAAGCAAGAUUAUUUACAAAGGAUGGGAUUAAACAGAUGAUCUACGAAAGUGAGAGCCAAUGCAAUUACGCACCGUCGGUUACAAUUUCCCUCUCUAAUCUUAACAGUAUUUCCCUUUUCUGCUACGUAAAAGAAAGAAAGAAGGAAGAAAUUCUUGAAUCCAAUCACCCUUUCCCUCGUUUGCUCUGUCCGUCCACAUCAAACGCUUGCAUUAGCCGUUCUUAAUUUGCUAAAUGGUACAAAUUAUCUGAAUGAAGAAGAAACAAGAGCAGAAAACUCAGUAUUGGCUCAAAUAGCAAAGGGUUGGAGCUCAAAAAUUCCAGAUCUUUGUUUUUUUCACGGAUAGAAAAAUAGAUUUCAAGCUGGAGCUUUCUUGAUUUCUGUUUGUGUGUGCGGGAUGGGGUGGAAGUAUAAGGCCGGUCUCUUCCUUAUUGCUGCAGUUGUUGUCAUUUGGGUUACCUCCGCGGAAGUCACCCAGGGAAUUUUUGUGGACUAUAAGCAACCAUUUGCAGUGACUUAUCUUGGAGCUUCGUUGCUAGUAAUAUAUCUGCCAAUAGCAUUUUUAAAAGACUGGAUAUGUAGUUAUGUCAACAGACGCCCUACUAAAAGUGUCAAGACCAGUGUAAACAGUGAUUUGUCCUGCACUAGCGUUACCUCUCCUUUGAAGUAUGUCGGGGCAAAAGUCUUUGAGAUUGAUGUUCAUGGAUCACUGAACAGAAAAGACAGUGACCUAAAUCUUGCUGGAGAUCAAGAAGAAGGAGCACCAUUGAUUAUAAGUAGCUCCAUGGGGGUUGAUGCCACUCAUGCCAAGAAAGAAAAACAGAUUACAACCAGAGACAUUGCUCGCUAUGGCUUUUAUAUCGCCCCUAUCUGGUUUGUCACUGAGUACUUAUCAAACGCUGCACUUGCAUAUACCAGUGUGGCAAGUACAACAGUAUUGUCUGCUACAUCAGGAUUAUUCACACUCUUUUUUGGUGUAAUUCUGGGGGAAGACUCCUUAAAUAUGUCAAAGAUAGUUGCUGUGCUAAUCAGCUUGGCUGGAGUGAUUAUGACCACUUUAGGGAAAACUUGGGCCACAGAUGAGUCUGAGUUAAAUUCUUCUUUGGUAUUGACUUAUCGUUGAACUUUUUGUUUCUUUUAAAGAAGCGGGAAGCGCUCAAUCAUAGGUGAUUGCUUUGGCCUUUUAUCAGCUACAACAUAUGGACUGUUUACAGUACUUCUUAAGAAGUUUGCGGGUGAAGAGGGAGAACGUGUUGAUAUGCAAAAGCUAUUUGGGUAUAUUGGACUAUUUACCCUUGUGGCACUUUGGUGGCUUGUAUGGCCUUUGAUGGCUUUGGGCAUCGAACCCAAGUUUACAAUUCCUCAUUCUGCAAAAGUGGAUGAAGUUGUGAUCGCCAACGGACUUAUUGGAAGUGUUAUUUCUGAUUACUGUUGGGCAUUAUGUGUUGUUUGGACAACUCCAUUGGUGGCAACCUUAGGGAUGUCUCUCACGAUUCCGCUUGCUAUGGUAGCUGACAUGGUUAUUCAUGGCCGGCAUUAUUCCGCCAUUUAUAUUCUUGGUUCAACUCAGGUAUUUGCUGGGUUCGUAAUAGCUAAUCUAUCUGAGCGGAUCUCAAAACUCUUUGGGUUAUAGCAUUCAACCAACAGUCUUGAAGCACCGGUGUUUUCCUCAUCACAUUUCGAGUAAUUUUUUUCGUCACACAUUAUUCAUUUGAUUUAUUUAUUUCUGAUGAAGACAAUGCUGCGUGAAGCUGGUUGUUGUUAGAUCAAUGGUUUGUUAGAAAAGAUGUAAUAUUUUUUGUUGGGGCAUGGUGAUGUCAUCUCUAAGUACACUUUUUUUUACCACACAUGAAUGCGUUUGAAGAUGUAUACAUAUUUUUCAAAUUUAUGAAAAGCUGUUGUAUAAAGA